AUGUCGGAGACUGCGGAAGCAGCAGAUCCAUCCGCACAGUCGAAGUCAGAGACGAUCAACAUGACCGUUGAGCCCUAUGAGAUGGAGGAUGCGGCCGUUCAGGAGGUUGUUGACACCUUGCCCGAGACUGCGGAGAAGUACCAGGAGAUUAGGAAGCAUGGAAUUGACGUGAUGGCCAAGUGCAAGUCCGAGAUCAUGUCACCUCGGAUGACACCCACUCAUGAGACGGGCCUGAAUCCGGUCAUGUCUCAUUCACUCACGAGUGAUGACCCAGCCGCAGUUUUCCAAAUUGAAGAGGAUGUGCAUGAAGCCAUAAUUGACACUGGAGCAAGUAGAGCAGUGAUAGGUCAUGAGAGGCUCAGUGGCCUAGAAAACGGGUGGUUGGAUCAGAGUGGAAGUUGUGCCAGGUCGGACUCCCUUUCUACUAUCAAACUCAGUGUUGAAAGCUCUUAG